CUUUGAGCAGGAGGAGAAGCAACUUUGACAGUGGCCGCGGGUUUGGAAACCCGCUUCUCCUCGGCAGCGGUACCUUCUCAAGUCUCUGUGGUUAGGUGGGGCAAGAGUUUCCGCGGCGCAUCUGCGCGGCGUCUGCUGUUGGCUACCUGUUUCCAGCGAGCCGGGAGCGGGAUUGAGGCUGCCAGUCAUCUGAAGAAGGGCAACUUGUUUUUCUCUCCCUUUAGCGACCUCGGCUUCCAACUGGAUAAAGCGGUAUUGAAAGGGUGUAAAAAGGCAGAGCAACUGUUACCAACUGGAUAAAGCGCUAUGGGAAGGAUGUAAAUAGGCAGAGCAACUGUUACCAAGAAGGCAACCACCCAAAGGCAGGGAGGAACGUGGGGGCUUGGUCCGGGCUUCUCCCAGUCGCAACAUUAAUCAAGUCAGGUGUUGUUGCAACUUUUCAAGGUCAGCCACCGGGAGCAGCGAUUCCCUCUCUGAACCUUGGGGAUACGCAGCGCUCGGGUUGGAUUUGGCCGAGAAAUGCACGGAAAGCCAAAAGAGGAAGGCUUGUAGAGGGGGAGGGUUUGUGACCCAAGACCCAUCCCCCAGCCUCCCCGUAAGCUCCCGUCCCUCGCUGCCGGGGCGGGAGUGAGUUGUGACAUGUGUCUAACUCUCAGCAGCAACUUAGGCAGCAGGUGUCGGUCCUAACCAGGAACCGCGGCUGCCGGGUGCGCCCUCACCGAGCCAUGCGGGCCCCGGGCGCGCCUCUCGUCCGCACCUUGCGGCUGCUGCUUCUGCUACUGCUCAAGGUUUCUGCCUCGCCUGCCCUCCCGUCGGCUCCAUCGCCCAGGAACGAAACUUGUCCGGGGGAAAACUGUUCACCUGCACUGAGCCAGCGUCGCAGCAGGGACGCGUGGGGACUGGGAAAUUCUGCAGAAGACCUUCUGCUAACCCGUGCGCCCAGGGAGGAGGAGCAGGCGGCAGCGGUGCGGGCGGCGCCCUUGUGGAACCUAAGGGCCUCCCGGAGCGGUGACCCAGGUGCGGGAAGAGGGGCUGAGGCGUGGGCCGCGGAGCCCUCGGGACCUCCAGCCAGGUCGUCUGGAGCCUGGAGGUGGAGAGGUGCCUGGGGUCAGGAGCUUCCUGGAACUUUGGGGAGAGGGAACCCUCCGCCUCUCCAACUCUUCCUUCAGACCUCAGAGGGGAAAGAGAAGGGUCCCAGAGGCGCUGGAAUUUCUGGGCACAGUCAAGAGCAGAGUGUGAGGACAGAACCCGGAGCCAGCGACCUUUAUUACUGGCCAAGGAGAGGCGGGAAACUCCAGGGUUCCCACCACGACACCCCACCCAAGAUGGUCAAUGGACCGUCGGGGCACGAAGGGCGGACGAUCGCACCCCCUGGCAGGGCUCUGGCCCAGAAUGGGUCCUCAGGGGAAGGGGUCCACGAACGCGGGGGUUCCCGCCAGGGGAAUAGCACCAACCGGCGCUUGCGACUAAAGAACCCCUUCUACCCGCUGACCCAGGAGUCAUACGGAGCCUAUGCAGUCAUGUGUUUGUCUGUGGUGAUCUUCGGGACUGGCAUCGUUGGCAACCUGGCGGUGAUGUGCAUCGUGUGUCACAACUACUACAUGCGGAGCAUCUCCAAUUCCCUACUGGCCAACCUGGCCUUCUGGGACUUUCUCAUCAUCUUCUUCUGUCUUCCGCUCGUCAUCUUUCACGAGCUGACCAAGAAGUGGCUGCUGGAGGACUUCUCUUGCAAGAUUGUGCCCUAUAUCGAGGUUGCUUCCCUUGGAGUCACUACCUUCACCUUAUGUGCUCUGUGUAUAGACCGGUUCCGGGCAGCCACCAACGUGCAGAUGUACUAUGAAAUGAUCGAGAACUGUUCUUCGACAACAGCCAAGCUUGCUGUUAUAUGGGUUGGUGCCCUACUGUUAGCACUUCCAGAAGUUGUUCUCCGCCAGCUGAGCAAGGAGGAUUUGGGGUUUAGUGGCCGAGCUCCUGCGGAACGCUGCGUUAUCAAGGUCUCCGCAGAUUUACCAGACACCAUCUAUGUUCUAGCCCUUACCUAUGAUAGUGCAAGACUCUGGUGGUACUUUGGCUGUUACUUCUGUUUGCCCACACUUUUCACCAUCACCUGCUCUUUGGUGACUGCAAGGAAGAUCCGCAAAGCAGAGAAAGCCUGUACGCGAGGGAAUAAACGACAGAUUCAGCUGGAAAGCCAGAUGAACUGUACAGUAGUGGCUCUGACCAUUUUAUAUGGAUUUUGCAUUAUUCCCGAAAAUAUCUGCAACAUUGUUACUGCCUACAUGGCCACAGGGGUUUCUCAGCAGACAAUGGACUUGCUUUAUAUCAUCAGCCAGUUCCUUUUGUUCUUUAAGUCCUGUGUCACCCCUGUCCUCCUUUUCUGUCUUUGCAAACCCUUCAGUCGGGCCUUUAUGGAAUGCUGUUGCUGUUGCUGUGACGAGUGCAUUCAGAAGUCUUCAACAGUAACCAGCGAUGACAAUGACAACGAAUAUACCACAGAACUUGAACUCUCACCUUUUAGUACCAUACGCAGGGAAAUGUCCACUUUUGCUUCUGUUGGAACUCAUUGCUGAAGGACAACGUUUUGUUCGGUUAGAUUUAUUUGAUUUUCAUAUCCUGUGAAAGUUUUUACUUUGUAUUUUUCCCUCCUGGGGGGAAAAAUGCAUCAAAAGAGAGAAACAUUAAUUACUGUAGAACUGAUUCUGCAAAUUAAUAUUUGUGCUUUGAAAAAAAUGUUUAUAUUUAGUUAUUUAAGAAAUACGAGGAGGCCAAUAGUUUUAGGUCAUUUUAUCUGGUAUGGUGCUAAUAUUUUAUUUGAAAAAAGUUACUGCACCUUAACUUAAUUAAUUGCUAACUUACUUUCUUUUAAAAAUAUAAUCAGUGUAUAUUGAUUAUAGUCAUGUGAUUUUGUAGGUUAUUUUGAGUUGUGAUUGAAAGUAUAUUGUAUAUGGUGUCGUGAGAUGAUUUGUAAAGAAGCAUUCACAAAGUAGCACCAAAUAAAUUAUGCUUUAUUCUUUAAUGUCAUUGUGAAUCUACUUUUAACCAAGAUUCAAUAAAUAUCUUAAUUGCCUUAAAUACACAAUUACUGGUUCUACGCACAAUUUAAAAACAGCCUUAUUGUUUUAAAAUUCUAUUUUCCUUUAAGGAGGUAAUCACCAUGUUACAGAAACAGCUUUCCUAAUAGUACUAUUUUAUAUGCAUGAUUCAUAUAAAACUAUAUUGUAUGUUCAGACAAAAUUGUAUUUUUAAUAUUCAGAUACAGAUGUAAAAUUCCUUCCAAAUAUUUAUAAAAUAUGAAUAAAUAGACAGCAGAGUUAUUAUUAUUUAUCUCUGAACUAGCAUGUAGAGCUACAUAGUAAUUACGAAUUACAAGCAGAAUCAAGAACAAAAGCACCAUGCACUUGUCAUCUAAUUUCCUCUGAACAUUGACCUUUGAAGCACUCUGAAUUCUAGCUUUUCUCCUUUUAAAAAACAAAC